GCGAUCAGCGAACGGAAGACCGUGGAAGCAAAGAGGCGCAAGCGAGCACGGAACAAAUACACCUUCAGGUGGCCUCCCUCCGACUGCCGACUGAAUCUUCCACCUCGCUUCGCGCCUCCGGCUCCGCGCCGGGCCCGCAUAAUCUGUGCUCGGGAUCGCCUCUUCCCGCGGCAAAUGGGGGCCGACUCCGAGGACGCCGUCAAGCAGCUCAGCCUCCUCAUGGAGCAAGUGGAGGCCCCGCUGAAGAGAUCGUUUCAGAUCAAGGCUGUCUUCUACUGUCAAUGGAGUAGCAGAAUCAUGGUGAUCCCAGACUAUCAAAUACUGCGUUAAGACAGUUUGGACAAGGUUGGCAUUGGUUGGAAGCGCGUGGAUCAUGCUUCCAAUCCGAGACGAAAUGAAUGGCAAGACUGCUGAUCUCUAGUCCAUUAAAUAUGCUACGUCGAUUUGGAAUUUUGGACAUAUUCGGGAAUCGUCAUUGUACGUGCCAUCUGUAUAGAAUAUGCACCAGGGCUAUCCUAAAGAAACACUGGUGCGUUUCCUUAAGGCUAGAGAGUGGAAUGUAGCAAAGGCUCAUAAAAUGAUUGUAGAAUGUUUGAAUUGGAGGAUUCAAAAUGAAAUUGAUAGUGUGCUAGAGAGGCCUAUAGUCCCAGUAGAUUUAUACAGGUCAAUACGUGAUUCACAACUUAUUGGCCUGUCAGGAUACACAAAGGAGGGUCUCCCAAUUUUUGGCAUUGGUGUUGGACAUAGCACAUAUGACAAAGCUUCGGUCCACUACUAUGUGCAAUCUCAUAUCCAGAUUAACGAGUACCGUGAUCGUAUAAUUUUGCCUAGGCUGACACAACAGUUUGGGCGGCCUGUUACCAGCUGUAUAAAAGUGCUGGAUAUGACUGGUUUGAAGCUAUCAGCACUAAGCCAAAUAAAGAUGUUGACUUCCAUAUCGACAGUUGAUGAUCUAAAUUACCCUGAAAAGACAGAGACCUAUUAUGUAGUCAACGUUCCAUACAUAUUUUCUGCUUGUUGGAAGGUUGUGAAGCCCUUAUUGCAGGAGAGGACAAAAAAGAAGGUCAAAGUUUUGACUGGCUGCGGGAGAGAUGAACUUCUGAAGAUCAUGGACUACUCAUCACUCCCCCAUUUCUGCCGCCGGGAGGCCUCCGGAUCAUCGAAGCAUUCGUCUACCGACGUCGACAACUGCUUCUCCCUUGACCAUCCAUUCCACAAAGAACUGUACGGUCACAUCAGAGAGCAAGCGUCGCGCAGGGAGCUCAUCAAGAUGGGAUCGUUGCAUGUCAGCAUCCCCGAGCCGGACCCAGACGACGCGAAGAUCGUCGAGGUCAUCCAGGCCGAGUUCCAAAAGAUUGGCGAGCAGGACGAGUCCACCAACAGCCACAAAGAUUGACAUCAUGACCCUCUGAUGUUCAUUUCUGUAUUUCGGUUAACAGUCCCCCCGGUUGCCUGGGGAUUUAUAGCAGCAAAAGCCUUGCAGUCGCAUGGUGCAAGUGCAAGCUUGAGUUCAUGUAGCUGGAGAGGCUGAGAGAUAAACCAGCCAGUGUAUAUUAGAUGCACAAGAAGCGAUAAUCACCUUUUUGUUAGUAUAUAACCAACACAUAUAUGAUAUAUUUAGCUGUUUAUUAAAAGAGGAAGUCCAUGGAAGCGCCUUUGGCAAAGUUUUUCGCCCUAUUC